AUGGGUUCGACCACGGGCAUCCAUGCUGUUAGCGUCAUGCUAGAGGCUCUCAAUAGAGAUGCCCAACAUGCUACUAUCGCCAAGUUCAUUCAAAAUGAACUUGACGCUGAACGCGAGAAAGUAGCCUUGCUUCACCAACAAGGUUCUCAACAAGCAGAGUUGUUGAGAGAACAGGGUGCUCAACAGUUUGAACUGUUGAGACAGCAGCAGGCUGCUGCUGGUGGGUCGAUGCACUCGCGUCGACCCGAGACCUUGAAGAUUGACAUCUCCAAGUAA